AUGGCCCUCUACAAGUCACCAGUAAUUCCAAUUCAUGAUGUGACCAAUCUGUCGAUCUCACAGUUCAUGACACAAUAUAAUCCCGACCAAGUAUCCGGAUCAAAGAUCGUCCAUGUGGAAACUUUCUCUAAGGAGGCCAUUACCUAUGGCUCCCUUCGCGACCAGGCUGGGCGGGCUGGCUGGGGCUUGCAGACGAAAUUGGGGCUCCAUCCAGGUGAUACCUUGCUAGCAUUGGUCAACAAUUCGAAUGCCUUCGUCCUCCUCGCUCAUGCGACAUGGUGGACUGGUGCUAUUUUCGCGCCUCUCAAUACAUCCGCAACACGGGAUGAUAUUUCGCAUGUCAUCAAUAUCACCAAGCCAACGCAUAUCGUCACUAUCGAGGAGAAGCUUAGCACGGUCCAGUCGGCGCUUGCUUCUUUGCCAGAAACGAGUAUCAAGAUCGGGACUAUCCGCUGCAAAGUAGGGGAUCUACCUCAAUUUCCGGACGAUAUCAUCGGCAGAACAGCUAAAGAGAGUAUCCCCCCCUAUGACCUCCAAGGAAAAAAUUCCAAGGAUGUGGCAAGCACAAUCUGCUUUUCCUCAGGCACAACUGGGAAGAUGAAAGGUGUACAGCUUUCCCAUUAUAAUCUCGUGAUAAACUCCCUUAUCAUGCGUGCCACUAUGCCAAUUCGGGUCAACUCAAGGGUCCGCGAGGUGUUCUUUGCACCGUACUGCCAUUGUUAUGGACUCUCUCUAGUGGUGAUGUCUGGCAUGUGGGCUGGAGGGUUUUAUUGCAGUCUCCCUGCCUUUGACCUCGAGGCAUUCUGUCAAACGUCGAGCGAGAUGAAAGUUACCGAUCUCCAUCUUGUGCCUCCUGUAGCGCUUCUUCUUGCCACAUCGCCUGUUGCUCAAAAGUAUGACUUGGCAUCGUUGGAAAGAAUUGUCAUUUCUGCGGCACCUUUGAAAAAAUCUGUUCAACUUUUGCUCAAAGAACGCCUUCCCCAUACGAGUGUUGUUCAAGGUUACGGGCUGACUGAAUGCACGGGAGGUGUGAUUCAUCAAAUCGACGAAGACGAGGAGGCGUUCGGAUGCGUUGGCAAGCUUUUCGCUGGCAUGGAAGGUCGAUUGGUCGACCCCAAGACACACAAGGACGUUCCUCUCGGCAACGAGGGAGAGUUGUGGCUACGAGGGCCAUUGGUCAUGAUGGGUUAUGUUAACGACCCUGUGGCAACGGUCAAAACCUUCACGGACGGAUGGAUCCGAUCGGGAGAUAUCUUGAAGAUGGAUAAGAAUCAGAACUUUUGGGUCACCGAUCGUUUUAAAGAGAUGAUCAAAUACAAGGGAUUCCAAAUCGCCCCUUCAGAACUGGAAGACAUUCUUCUACGCCACCCUGAAGUUACUGACGCUGCAGUUUGUGCAGUUUAUGAUGACUCGCAAGCGACUGAAGUGCCACUUGCCUAUGUUAGCCUCUCGCCACGAACAGUGGAGCUGGCGAGCCCUGAGAAGCAGAAGGUCCUUGACGAGAUCAAGGAUUGGAUAGAUGGGCAGGUUGCGGGAUACAAAAAGCUCAGAGGUGGUGUCCUCCAUUUGCAAACCCUCCCAAAAACUCCGACUGGAAAGAUUUUGAGAAGACUUCUCCCAGCAAAGUUGAAUGAGAAUAGAGAGGCUAAGCUUUAG